UCCAGCAAGAGCAGAGUAAGACCACAAACCACCGUCCACAUGGCUACCACCUUCUCCAGCGGCAGCUUCGUUUCCAGCAGGUCCUCGAUGGGCUCCUCACGCUUCUCUUCUGCAGGUGGAGGAGGUGGCCGCAUCAACAGCAUGAGGGCUGGAAGCGUGUACGGAGGCGCAGGAGGUUCAGGGGUCCGCACCUCCAGUGCCUCUCGCUCCAUGGCCUCAGCAGGCUCAGGAAGCGGCUUUGGCUUUGGAGGUGGAUUUGGUGUCGGAGGAGGCGCCGGUGGAGGAUUCGGUGGGGGAUUCGGUGGUGCUGCAGCUGGAGGAGGAUUCAGCGUCGGUGGAGGAGCGGACGACAGCGUCAUUGGCAACGAAAAGUUCUGCAUGCAGAAUCUCAACGACCGUCUGGCUGCUUACCUGGAGACGGUCCGCUCCCUUGAAAAGGCCAAUGCAGACCUUGAGCUGAAGAUACGCCAGUUCCUUGAAAACAGAAUCUCUCCUACUAGCUCCACUCAUAACUUCUCUGCCUUCGAAGCUACCAUCGGUGACCUCCAGGCUAAAAUCCUGAGCGCCAUUCAGGAAAAGAACACAGUCCACCUCAGCAUUGACAAUGCCAGCUUGGCUGCAGAUGACUUCAGAAUAAAAUAUGAGAACGAGCUGGCAAUGCGUCAGUCUGUGGAGGCAGACAUUGCAGGGUUAAAGAUUGUUCUUAGCGAGCUCAACAUGAGUCAAAAAGACCUCAACCUGCAGAUCGAAGGGCUCACUGAGGAGCUGGUCUACAUGAAGAAGAAUCACGAGGAGGACCUCCUGACCUCUCGUGGUCAGAUGAGUGGACAGAUCAACGUGGAGGUUGAUGCAGCACCGCAGGAAGACCUGACCAAAAUUAUAGCGGAGAUGCGUGAGCACUACGAGACGGUCGUAUCCAAGAGCCAGAGAGACCUUGAAGGCUGGUUCCAGCAGAAGUCUGAGACCUUGAAACAAGAGGUUGUAACAAGCACAGAGACCUUGCAGACUUCGAAAACUGAGGUCAACACAGUGAAGAGCACAGUACAGUCCCUGGAGAUUGAGCUUCAGUCUCUCCUUUCCAUGAAAUCAUCCAUGGAAGGCACCCUGGGCGAGACUCAGAAUCGCUACGCCCUGCAGCUGUCCGGCUACCAGGCACAGGUGAGUGGAAUGGAGGGUCAAUUGGUGCAGCUUCGUGGCGAUCUGGAUCGCCAAAGUCAGGAGUACCAGAUGCUUCUGGACAUCAAGACCAGACUGGAGCUGGAGAUUGCAGAAUACAGGAGACUUCUGGAUGCAGAAGCCAGCGGCAGCCUCAUAAUCUCUGGCUCUGGCUCCAGCUCCAGCUCCUCCUCCAGCUCGAUCACUACCACCAAAGCAGCAGUGAUCACUCUGGUGGAAGAGGUGGUUGAUGAUGGGACGGUGGUUUCUUCCUCUUCAACAUCCCUUGUUAAGUGAAGCCCACCAGACACGUGCUGGUUGGAGAACAGAGCUUUAGCUCCACUUAUGCUUUCAGAAUAUGGUGGUUGUCUUUGAACAUUUACAACAAUAAAACUGAUGUUAAAGACUCAAUUUGAACGGUUAUGUCAUCUAUUGUAUAUGGAUGCAAUUUAGAGAUGUUUCAGUUUAAAUGACCAGAGAUCCAAAAAGGGUAUAUUAACAGUGGCACAAUAAAAGUAUAGUUCACUCAAGAACAAACAGAUUUUGUUGACCAAUGGAUGGGUGAAUGGGUGCCAUCAUAAUGAGAGUCCAAACAGCUGAUAAAACAUCACAAAAAUCCAUGUAAUUUGCACGACUCAAGUCUAUCAGUUAACAUCUUGUGAAGUGAACAGCUGCAUGUUUGUAAGAAACAAAUCUAUCAUUAAUACGUCUUAGCUUUAAACUGUUGCUUCCAGUCAAAUUUCUUUAUCCAUAAUGUUGCUUUCUCCAGUGAAAAAAAAAAGUUGUCUUAUCUGAUUCAGGAGAAAAAUACACAGAUCAAGCAGCAUUUACAAGUGAAAACAGUCCAAAUCUGUUUUGCCGGUGGACUUUGAUGUGUAAGAACAAGCAUGACUUUUUUUACUGGAGGGUGAUUGAAGAAUUGUUAUGGAUUAUUGACUCAUAUUUUGGCCAAAAGACAUAAAAUAAAAAAUGCCCUAAAGACAUUUCUUACAAACAUGUAGUUUUCACUUCACUAGAUAUUCAUUGCUGGACUGGGAUCAGGAUUACUUGUGGAUUAUUGUAAUGUUUUUAUCAGCUGUUUGUAUUCUCAUUCUGACGGC